AUGUCUGGGCCCGUCUGCGACAUUGCGCCCGGCCUGUCCACGCCUCAGGUCGACGCCUCCUUCCCCAAAAAUAGCCAGCAGACAUAUCAAUCAUACAUGCAAAACGUCGACGACUCUUCUGAUUCGCAACAACAUGCCAUGACUCAGCGCAGCCACUCCAUUCGGCCGGCUUCAUCUGUUGUUGAGCACAGCGAACCGGGCGCCACUGCCAUGAGCACCAACGUCCAGAGCAGCACCGUCGAGUUGGCUUUAUUUAACCACGGCUUGGUCACACCAGGCCAGAGCCCUGACUCCAUCGAUGUGAGCAACUACACACCUCCAGCUCCGUGGGACACAACUUUAUUGAUUGACGACUACAAACUCUAA